UCAACUCUAGGAAGCAGGUGUUAGCGCUCAGGAAAUGCGACAACGGAAGGGGCGGGUUUGCAAAGAUGGCAGCGCCGGGGGUGCUGGAGUCAGACGUGCCUAGUGCCGUGACACUCUUGAAAAACCUCCAGGAACAGGUAGUGGCUGUAACCGCACAAGUGCAAGCACUGACCAAAAAAGUUCGAGCUGGAGCCUAUCCUACAGAGAAGGGUCUCAGCUUCUUGGAAGUGAAAGAUCAGCUGCUGCUCAUGUACCUUAUGGAUUUGAGCCACCUCAUCCUGGACAAAGCCUCAGGAGGAUCUCUUCAGGGACAUGCUGCAGUUUUGAGACUGGUAGAGAUUCGCACGGUGUUGGAAAAGCUUCGUCCCUUGGCAAAACUGAAGUAUCAAAUUGACAAACUGGUUAAGACUGCAGUGACAGGCAGCCUCAGUGAGAAUGACCCACUUCAUUUUAAGCCUCAUCCCAGCAAUAUGAUAAGCAAGUUGAGUUCUGAGGAUGAAGAGGAAGAUGAAACAGAGUAUGGCCAGUCUGAGUCUUCAGGAAAGAAAUCUACAGGAGUAUCCAAGAAAUACGUACCACCACGCUUGGUUCCAGUACAUUAUGAUGAAACAGAAGCUGAGCGGGAGAAAAAGCGUCUGGAACGAGCCAAAAGACGAGCAUUGAGCAGUUCUGUCAUUCGUGAACUUAAGGAGCAGUACUCAGAUGCUCCAGAGGAAAUCCGAGAUGCUCGCCAUCCUCAUGUCACUCGCCAGAGUCAAGAGGACCAACAUAGGAUUAACUAUGAGGAAAGCAUGAUGGUUCGUUUAAGUGUCAGUAAGCGAGAGAAAGGACGGCGAAAACGAGCAAAUGUCAUGAGUUCACAGCUUCAUUCCCUCACACACUUCAGUGACAUCAGUGCAUUGACAGGAGGAACUGCUCAUCUUGAUGAGGAUCAGAAUCCUGUUAAGAAGCGGAAGAAGAUACCUAAGAAAGGUCGGAAGAAAAAAGGUUUUCGGAGGCGGCGGUGAUUAUGGGUGUACAUGUUUUAUGUAUUUUUUGUCAUCCUGGAUACUUCUAUUUUCAUUGUAUGUAGGUCUUUUCCUUGAAAUUCAUUGUUUGCUUUGGACAUGUGGAAAGAUCUUUAAUAAAAUUGAUUUUACGUCUGAAUUAAAACCCCUUUUGCACAUG